AUGGCGGCUAGCGACGCCACUCGAUCCCCAAUAACAUCGAUCCCUGAUCCUACAACGGGACAGUGGGCAGACGCAUCGUCCGAGGCACCACUAUCCGCGACUUCGACGCCACCGAGCUCUACAAAUCAAGGAGAAACGACGCCGGUUGGGCCGGCGCCGCUCCCGAACGACACUGGUCUCGCGCACGCUACGUCGAAGGGGCAAAACGACGUGACUGUCCACUCGCAUGUCACUAUCACUGCAACCUCGAACGCUGCUCCUCAAUCUACCGCCACUACUGCUGCUGCCCCUACACUCAGUACCACCGCUAUCGCUGGCACAGCAGCAGGCGGUACCGUGGGUAUUGCGCUCAUCAUCGGCCUCAUAUUCCUUUUUAUGCGUCGUCGCAAACGCCAAUCUUCACUUGCGUCUCCAGCAGAUAUAUGGGAGCCCUCUCGCAACACCAGCCCGAAGCCUAAGCUACCAAACAUUCAGCAUGAUUCGAGCUUCGGUCGAUACUCGGAGAUGGGAGCCGGUGUACUAGUACGUCAACGCUCGAAAGCAGAACUACACAGCGAGGAUAUGCCAGUGCCACGUCCUCAAACAGGCUACUUCAGGCCCCCGGAGAUGCACGGUGGAGGCGGCGAAAACGCGCGAUACUACAAUUCAGGACAGCCAUCUGAACCGCAUGGCCAUGGAGGCAAUAUGGACUCUCGAUACCCUGAGCUGAGUUCACACGCCGUAAUGAGCAUGUCUUCACCCACGUCGCCCAUCUCUCAAGCUUCGACAAUGCAAGGCUGGCAUGCAAAUUCGCCUUCUGGCGCACCCACCAUCAGACUGAGCAGCGCUGAUCUCCGCAGCGAGGGAAUGAGAAGUCCAGUGAGUGAGCUCGGUACCCAUGCACCUCUGCGCUCCACACGCUCGGCCGAACUACAUGGCGCAGGUACCAUGAGUCCGAUGAGUGAGCUUGGUACUGAUAGCUUUCACGGUGUGGGCCACGGAGCGGCUGAAUUGCACAAUGAGCCUCUACUUCCGCCGCAGAUAGAUUCGAGGAGCAAGGGAGAUGUGCCGGAUGGUGUUGUGGAGAUCGACGAUUCGGAUAUGCAUAGAGGACAUCGACCUGGGGUUUCUACGAACUUCUGA